UCCUUUCCUUUUUCCUCCUUCCAAAUAUCUGUAUGCAAAGAUCUCGUCAAGAUGGCGGAUACCCUAGAAGAUGUCCGCCCCAUGUUCGAGCUGCGAGGGCAGAACUACGUCGUGACAGGCGGCGCCCAGGGGAUCGGCUUUGCCGUGACGAGGGCCAUCUGCGAAAUGGGCGGGAACGUGGCCGUGCUGGACAUCCAGGAGAAGCCCGUGGACGAGAAGGAGUGGGCCAACCUGAGCCAGAAGUUUGGAGCCAAGACAAUUUAUAUACGAACAGAUGUGACCAAGCAGGAAAGCCUCAACUCGGCGUUCGCUGCGGCCAUCAAGGAGCUUGGAUCCCUUGAUGGGUUGGUGCCUGCAGCGGGGAUUGCCAUUGACAAGCCCUUUAUCGAACAGACGUGGGAGGAGUUUACGAGGAUACAGGAGAUCAACGUCAGAGGCACAUUCUUCGCCGCCCAACUGGCUGCAAAGCAGAUGCUGUCCCAAGGCAGAGGAGGCAGCAUCGUUCUCAUCGCCUCGCAGUCAAGCCACAUCGCCCUUCCGGGCUACCGGAUGGCCGCAUACAACGCCAGCAAGGGAGGCGUGCUGAUGCUGUCCAAGGCGCUGGCCGUCGAGCUCGCCCCGCACAAGAUCCGGGUGAACACCAUCUCGCCUGGGUUUGUGGACUCAGACAUGACGAGGACGGUCCGGGAGAUGAAGAGCAAGAGGGAAGGGGAUCAGAUGUGGCUGGCUCCGCCGAUGCAGAGGCUCAGCACGCAGAAUGAUCUGACAGGGGCUGUGGUGUACCUGCUGAGCGAUGCGAGCCGCUUUACUACUGCCGCGGAUAUUCAGAUCACGGGCGGGUUGCAUGUCGGUACUAUUGAUGGAGUCAUCAGCUACGAGUAGUGGGCAGAAGAAGUGUGUAUGCUGUAUGGUUGAAACCAACAGCCUGACCCUAAGUCCCUCCGAGUGGCCGCUGGCGAUCGGUUGUUUCCUGUCCUUCUUACUACACCCAAUUUCAAUUCAGUAGGUCAUUGCAUAGAGAAGUUUCUCAAAAUUCAAGACUCUAAAGAUCACG